AAGAUUCUUCCUAUUGCUUCAACUAGCUGCGAGCUUUUGUGGAUCUCUCUCUCUCUCUCUCUCUGCCUCUCGCAGAACAAAAUCUGCUGUUGUUGAGUUCCGCCGAAACAUCGCUUCUUUAACCGGCUAGAGAUUUCGUUGUAAGAAUUUUUUUUGAUGGAAAGUGUAAGAGACGUGAACAAAAUCUGAGAGAAGUUGAAGCAAUAAUGUUGCAGCCAUUGCCAGAGAUAGCUGAGAGUAUCAAUGAUUCUGUCUAUUAUGAACACUCCAUUUGGCCUGGAGAUACAGAUGAUUUGAUGUUGAUAGUGGAUGCAAUAUCAAGGGGAGACUUGAAGUGGGUAUUGGUUGCUUGUGCUAAAGCUAUUUCUGAGAACAACCUUCUAUUGGCACAGUGGUGUAUCGGAGAGUUACGUGGCAUGGUUUCAAUAUCUGGUGAGCCUAUCCAGAGACUAGGAGCUUACAUGUUAGAAGGGCUUGUGGUUAGGCUCGCUGCCACUGGUAGUUCCAUAUAUAAAUCGCUCCAAUCCAGAGAACCAGAGAGUUAUGAUUUCUUAUCUUAUGUGUACCUUCUACAUGAGGUUUGCCCUUAUUUCAAGUUUGGCUACAUGUCAGCGAAUGGAGCCAUCGCCGAAGCAAUGAAAGAUGAGGAGAGAAUCCACAUUAUUGACUUCCAAAUUGGAGAAGGGAGCCAGUGGGUUGCACUUAUACAGGCUUUUGCAGCUAGGCCUGGUGGGGCUCCUAAUAUCCGAAUUACCGGUAUUGGUGAUGGAUCCAAGUUGGUUGCAGUCAGGAGAAGACUAGAGAAACUCGCAAAGAAGUUCGAUGUACCAUUCAAGUUUCAUGCGGUUUCAGCGUCGAGUUAUAAAGUGGAAGUGGAAAAUCUUGAUGUCCGAAUAGGCGAAGCACUUGGGGUCAACUUUGCUUACAUGCUGCACCAUUUACCAGAUGAGAGUGUAAGCACGGAAAAUCACAGGGACCGGGUGCUGAGGAUGGUCAAGAGUUUGUCACCUAAAGUCGUCACUCUCGUGGAACAAGAAUGCAACACAAACACUUCUCCUUUCCUUCCUAGGUUCCUUGAGACAUUAAGUUAUUACACGGCAAUGUUUGAAUCCAUCGACGUGAUACUCCCAAGAAAUCACAAAGAGAGGAUCAACGUUGAGCAGCACUGCCUGGCGAGUGAUGUUGUCAACAUCAUAGCUUGUGAAGGAGCUGAGAGAAUCGUAAGGCAUGAGCUUCUCGGGAAAUGGAAGUCAAGGUUUUCCAUGGCGGGUUUUGUGCCAUACCCCUUGAGCUCAGUCGUUUCAGCCACCAUUAGAUCCCUCUUAAAAGAUUACAACAACGGGUAUGGGAUUGAAGAAAGAGAUGGUGCUCUGUGCCUAGGUUGGAUGGACAGAAUCUUGGUCUCAUCUUGUGCAUGGAAGUGAAAGAAUAAUCGUCUGUAUUUCCAAAUAUGUGAUGCAAAAGAUAGUAUUGGAAAUAACAGAUGGUUUUGUCUCAAUAUCAUUACUAAAGGUUGGAUCAAAUCAUA